ACUCUCGUUUCCAUAUAGCGGCGUCGGAGUGCUCAACGUCCUCGUGUCACCUCCGGCGACGGCGACGGCGACGGCGAGUUCCUUAACCGCGACGAACCAAGAUCUCUCUCAUCGGAGAUGAUCGGCGACGUAGAAAAGAUGGUCGCCGUCGGCCUUGUCUGGGGCGCCACCAACGCCCUCAUGCGGCGGGGCGCGAUCCUUUGGGACCAGUCCCUCAAGUCGCCGCCGCCGCCCGCCGGGCCCCAACACCACCGCAAGAUCCACCGGAGGGUCCUCGCCUCGCUCGAGAGCUGGCUCGGCCUCAUCUUGAUCUGGCAGUACUCGGUCCCUUUCUUGAUCAACCUCUCGGCCUCCGCCACGUUCUUCGCCAUCCUGAGCCACGCGCCGAUCUCUCUCGCCGUGCCCGUGACCAACGCGACCACGUUCGCCGCCACCGCGGUCUGCGGCGCGGUCCUCGGCGAGGAGACCCGCUUGGGUCACGCGGUUCUGGGUACGGGUCUUAUUGUUCUCGGUGUCUGGCUUUGUAUCUCGUGAAUGUCUGGCUUUGUAUCUCGUGGAAUACGAUGAAGCUAUUAUUUCUCGCUUAUCAGAUCAAAUUUUGCGUCUGUUGUUUGUAUUUAUGCUCUGUUUCAGCUCAAUUGAACCAUUUUAGUUUUUUCGCUC